UCCAUGGCGACUGGAAGAAGCUAUAAUGGCUGCUUUAUUAUUAUUUUUUAAAAAUCUUAUGUUGUGAUCUAUGAGGCAGAUGAUGUAAAGUUCAUCUGUUUCUGUGGCCCACUGUUAAUGAGGGUGUCAUGUGGCCAGCAUAAUGACAACAGGAGCCUUUACUUUGCCCAACUAAUGUCAGUCUAGAUAAACAAGUCAUCCUAUAAAGAAGAUGAGUGAGGCAGAUGUUCAGGUCUCUAUUCCAAGCCCUACAUUUACUCCUCGACUUAGAAAAGCUGAGCUCGUUCCUAUAGAUCAAUCCAAAAAUGUUGUACUGCCUGAAAUCCGCUCUAGCAUUAACAUAGAUAAAUCAAAGCCUCUGCCAACCUCAUUACAAAGUGAUUUCCUUCCUGAGGACAUUCUGUUGGCCCUGACACAUCCCCCACCAGUCAAGGAUAAGCUUGGCCCUGUAACAUUAACCAGAUCUCUCAACACUUCUAAUGCUCAAACUAGGCCAGCACCAGCUAAUGUUUGGAACCAUAAGAGAAGAGAUCGCUUUAAACAUUUGGUAGAGAAUACACCUUGUCUUUGUGGAGCUGGGAAAGAUAUUUCAUUCCUAUAUGAUGUCCCACAAAAGUUAUCACACCAUCCAGAACCAGAACAAGUUACUACAGGACAAAACAAGGAAACUAUCACACUCCCUGGAAAGCCACUUCAGCUUCCUGAUACUUUGGUUCCAGAAGAGUAUCACAUAGUUAGGAACAAAGGAAUUGUGGGAAAACAGUACCACGAAGACAAGUACAGUACAAAUCCUGAGGAUCAUGAAAAACACCUUGUGGUAUUCCCUUCACUUAAACCUGCCAGCAGAUAUGAAGUACUCCAACUAAAGAAGUCACUUAACAACAUGCUAGACAAAAUUGGUGCCAAUGAAUUGGACGCUGGUCUUGAAGCUGGACCAACGCAGAUGCACAAUUUAUUGGAAUUGAUUAAACAGGAACAAAACAUUUAUAACAUAGUAUUUCAUGAGCUGAUCCGUCAGACAAGUGUUGAGUGUGUUGAGAGAGGUGAAUUGUUGGCGGAACUAAGAAAGAAGUACAGUGAUUUGAUCAACAGGAUACCACAACAAGUUAUGAGUUUACAUGAAGAGGUCAUGGCACAGAGAGCAUUAGACAGACGACUGACAGAGGAACUACUGAGAUUUAAAGGAACCAUCUCAUAUCUUACCAGUGAAUUGACUGAUGUCAAAGAACAUGAUCUGAAAGUAACCAAAGAAGCUCUCAAGGCACAAGAGGAUUUGUGUAAUGCCUUGAUGGACUCACAGAAAAAUGCCAACCUUUUGUCUGAGUAUCACGAACUGUAUGAACUUCAGCGCCAGAGGCUUGAAAAUCAAGUCUUUGCAUUGACAGAGGAAAAAGAAAUCUGGAGCACAGCAGCCUACUCUUUAGCUCUAAAGGUUACAGAAGAAAAUCAGCUCAACACUGCAAAGCGUUUACAUUUGUCCGAAAAAGGCUGGGUCAAACUAGCCAAUCAUUUUACUAUUCUUUUGACAGUCAAGGACACUGAUCAACUUACACAAAUACAGGGCCAUGUUGAAGCUUGGAGAGAUGAAAUUGAAGAUUUUAAUUUGGCUCUGAAGGAACGUGAGGAUGAACUCCGAGAGAAUCUCAAACUUCUCAAAGCUGCUGUUCAAAGUUACUGGAUCAAUUUUCAAACUAAAUUUGUUGACCUUGACAAUGGUGUUGUAAAAAAGCCAAGUGAUGAAUUUGUCAAGUCUUUGAUUGGAGCUCUUCAUGGAUGGGAGGAGGCCAUUGCCAAUGAGACUGCUCAUUUUGAGGGAGACAACCUUCUCAACAAGCAGGAUCAGUUGUCUCAUAUCAGACAUGAAGUGGAAGGCUGGACUGACUGUGCUCUCAGGGUAUUUCGUUGGCACCGCGGCAUAGACAGAAAGACUCAUCAGCAUCAAGAAAGCAUGCAGAUCUUAAAUGAGGAAGUGGAUCAGUUGCUGGCACAGUUUCAACAUAGAAUAACUGGGGAGAAUGGUGUGGCAGCUUUGAUCAUUCAGGUGCAGAGUUCAAUGGAUGCCUGGACCACCAAACUCUUCUCAUAUAGCCAUGGCGUCUUGGUGCUACAAGAUUCUGAUUGGGCCAAUUUGUACCAAACGAUGGAGGACUGGGUGGUCCAGCUGACGCAAGCUGUAGAUUAUGUUGGCACAACACAGAAGGAAGAAGAGAGACAAGAAGAAAAGCCUCACAAAAGCUUCAAAAAACCAAAAGGAUUUAAAAUUGUCCUUGACCUUCAUGAUGUGAUGAGGAAAACACAAAAGUGGGCAACUACUGCAAGUAAUUCCAUCGAUAGUGAAGAUGCCAAAAUGGUGGAUCAGGUUUCUUCCCUUCAUUCUGAGAUAGUCAAAUGGAUGGUGCAAGUUUUGUUACGUCUGGCCCCAGACAAGGAAGGCAACUCUAAGGAAUCAAAUGAGAUGGCACUGAUGGGAAGUGCACCUAUGCCCAAACUGAUCGAGGUGGCCAAAAAAAUAUUUGAAUCUCUAGAAAGAUUCUCCAAUAAUUUGACUUUAUGCUGUCAUAGUAUUGUUAUGGAAAACACACAGAAGAGAAAAGAGUUGAAAGAAGACAAUGCAGAUCAUGAGCUCAAAGAUCUUCAAAGAUUAAAGACUGAAUGUGAUGAUUGGAUACACACUGCUCAGAUGUUGUUGUCAGAACUGACAGGAGAGCCGAUUGGAGUUAUGUUCCCUGUUCGUGACCCUGGAACAUUUAUGACUGAACCAGCUGAACAGCAAACUGACCAGUCAGCUGACCAACCAGCUGAUCAAGAACUCAAAGUAGUCUCAGAAGUGAAAGACAAAGAUUCUGAAAUGCCAACUUUAGAUACAGAAAAAUCUGAUCUUUCGUUAAGAGAAAAUACUAAUCUGCCAGAACAUUCAGUGGAAAAAGUACCUUCAGGAAUUGAGCUUUUUGUUGAACAAGAUACUGCAUUGAAACCUGUUGAGGAGUCACUAGAAAUGCAGCAAUCUCCACCUUCAAAAACACCUCCAGACCAGACAUCUGCUAAACCAGCAACACUUGGAGAAAGAAUACAAGUUCUUGGCCAUGAUGCUAACACACACAAGUUUACCAUCAUCGAUGAUGUUGCCCAGUCACAUGGUCACUCUGAUACAGUACCAAGAGUGGAAGGAUCACCAGACACUAAAGGAGCCUUUGAGGCAUUAGCCUCUCUGGAAAGAUUACAGACUGAACUCAUUGCUACAGAAGAGAGAGCUCAGAAUGCAGAGCAGAGAGCAUCCCAAGCUGAGGCUGAUAUUGUGGCACUGCAGGAGAAAGUCAGGAACUUGGAAAAGUUGCUAGGGCAACAGGAAAACAAUCAUUUACAAAUUGAAUCUUCAAAAGCAUCUUCACAGCUACCUAGUUCAGCAGAAGUGAAAACUUCAGCUACAACUCCUACAUCUCAUACAGGAAAAGAAGAGAAAGCUAAGAAAUCUGGUAAAGCAAGCAGCAAGGGUUCUAAAAAAAAGUAAAAACAAAAACUCCAUAUGAAUGAACAAAACAAUUCUUUUUUGUAAAACAGUUUAUUAAAAUUGUGACUGUAAAUGAGCCUGUAAAUGAAUUUAUAGAUGUAAAGCAUGAUGCAGGAAUGGAAAUCAGAGCACUCAAUUUUAAAAAAAUGUUUUGAUUUUCUGACAUUUUAAAGAAACAACACCAAUAUAUACACACAUACAAAAUUUGUGGGGUAAAAAAAAUCUUGAUGAAGCAUUCUUUAAAAAAAAAGAAAAAGACUGUACAUAUCAAAAUAUUUUUGUUUAAAAGUAGAUAGUAAAUUGCAUGACUUGUCUGAGGUAUAGUUACCAUAUGUACAUUGAGCAGGAAAGUGAAAGACAAUGUAACAUUUUUUUGUUGGCACUUUUUACAGUUGGCAAUAAUUAAAUACUAAAUACUUGCAUGAUUUUAUGCUUAAAUUGUAUUUAGACUGCGGAUUGCCACAUGAAAGCAUCUGGUGGUUGAACUGAGUAAUAAAUAUACAGAAUGCACAAUCUCAUCAUCAAUGUUUUUGACUGUACAGGUCAAAUGAAAUAAUACUGGAUAAGUUGCUCAUAGUUACUCACUCCAUUUGUUACAUACAAAAUAUGAACAAAAAAAAAGAUUCGGGAAAUCUUUUUUAAGUUUCUUACAUAAAGCAGUAAUGGUUAAAAUACAUUAUAAAAAUGGUCCAUUUAACAAUAAACUUUAAAAAUGCAUUAAAUUUACAUACAUAUAUAUUUACAUAACCCAAAGCCAAAAAAUAUUAAUGACAGUUUUACAUUGUCAAAAAAAAAAAAUAAUUAUACAUCAGGGAUAGACUAAAAUUAAUAAUAUAAGUUGCCAAAAUAAGAAUAGAAUGUAGCUAUAAAUGUUGGUUUUUUACACUUUGCAUAAACAUUGCCAAAAGUUUUUCUUCCAAUGUUGUAUUUGUGUUUAUGUAAUAGACUGUGUACAUUCCUUAUUAGCAUUUUUCAAACUAGUAUUUAUAUGUAGGUCAGUUAAUAUUUUUUUUUUUUAAAGAUUACAAUGACUAUUAUCAUAUCACAGUCAUUAAGUUAUCUUUAUAAAUAUAUUUGUAUUUGAUGGUUCACACAACUAAUUUAGAAAAUGUAUAAACAGGUUUACGGUGAACAUCAGAGUAUUAAGGAAUAAUGCAGGAAAGCAAUUUUAAAUUAAAUUUGGUCAUAGCAGUCAAGAAGUUUUCUAACAAAAGAAAAAAUGAAAUAGAUUCUUCCCUAAGUUUUCCUUAUCAAUAUGGCGGUGUUCUAUACUGUUUUGUGAGCCAUCAUGUUUCUUACUUUAGCAGGCUAGAAACUAAGUUAACAAUGUUUGAAAAUGUUCUGUAAAAAUUUGCAUAUGUAAAAAAAAAAAAAUUUUAUCGAAAGAAAUCUUGUGACAAUGGAAUAAAAAUCUAACAUGUCUAAUUAUUUAGGGGGUGGUUUCCAUUAUAAAUUGUUUAUCAAUGUGUGGCCCUCUAUUUUUUUUUUCUGUGAUAUAACAUCAUUAAAUAGAGUCUCUUUCUUCA